AUGGCACCCAAGUAUGCUUUACAAGCAGUGGAAAAUAUGUUAAGAGACAUUACAAAAAGUAAUAGACCUUUUGGCGAUGUGUUACAUUUGAAUGAAUGCAUUUUAUCUAGAUUAGAAGAAGAAGAAGUGGUGUAUUACAGUGUUGAUUCUCAUAUUGAUGAUGAAUCAAACAGCUCAAAUAAUCCGAUUCCAGUAGAAUAUUUGAAUAGUAUAACUCCAGAUGGUUUACCACCACAUAAAUUAAGAUUAAAAGUAGGAUGUAUAAUUAUGCUUUUAAGAAACAUGAAUCUUGUUCAAGGAUUAUGUAAUGGAACUCGAUUAGUUGUUAGGCGUUUAUUAAAAAAUGUUAUUUGUGCUGAAAUUAUUUCUGGAAAAUUUAAAGGAGAAAAAGUGUUAAUUCCACGUAUUGACUUAUCUCCUUCAGAAGAUCUAUUUCCUUUCAAAAUGGUAAGAAGACAAUUUCCUGUUAGACUUGCCUAUGCAAUGACGAUAAACAAAUCUCAAGGUCAGUCUUUCGAUAAAGUAGGAUUAUUUUUACCAAGUUCUGCAUUUGGUCACGGUCAAAUAUAUGUUGGUUUCUCUCGAGUCAGAUCUAAGGAUAAUUUAAAAGUUUAUGCUACAGAUUCUGCAGUAUUCAAUAAUCCAGAAUUCCCACAAAAAUUAUACAUAAAAAAUAUUGUUUACCCAGAAGUACUUUAA